GAAAAUCGGAACUGAUUUCAGGUUAUAUGCAAAGCCAAAAAAAUUGAUAACCGAAGAGAAAAUGGCUGAACACCUACAGGGACUGCACAUAUCGCCCGAUUUCACUUCACAUAGUACACCAACGUUAGAGGACUACAGCAGUGACUCCGUGUCAAUGGAAUCGGAUUCCAGUUCAUCAUCCACAGACUGUCCAUUUUCAUCGGCGCAAGAUCUUGAACAAAAAUUACGAAAUGCUCAGCGAAUAACGAUCUGCGAACAAAUUCGAAAGCUACAAAAUGAACCAGUCAUACCACAAGCGAUACUAAGUCGAUUCGAACGACCGUGUACGGCAUUAGUACUGUGGCAGCCGCCUGCAAAAAUAACGGAACUAAUUGCGUUGCAGCGGGAACGGAAAGCUAUGAUGAGUGAUGACGAGCAAGACAAUAACAAUAGCACCUCGCUCGACUACAACAAUUCGAUGGACUUGGAUUUGUAGUGUCACGAUUGUGGCAGCCGAAUUAUGUUGCGAAUUGUUGCUCGAAUUUUCUAAUUGCUUAGUUUUGUGAACGUGGACGACGUGGACUGAAAGGAUUUUAUAAUGAAUGAAAUACACACAAUUUAUAUUUUGGCGGUACCUAA